AUGUUACACGACUAUGAUACUCCAGACUCGCCAACAACGUAUACGCAUGAUGUGACAUCAACGACUGCCGCCUCUUUGCCAAGAAGAGACGUAGAUAGACCGGUUACGGUACUGCCACUUGCCUCGACGACAAAAAAUGGCGCGACAGCUACUUCCUCACCCUCUAGUGUCUGGGCCCCGUUGCAUCCGGACGCGGACGCCGUCCUGAAGGCUACCCUCUGCGAGUCGGCUGAGACAUUCCAGGCCGAACAAGCCCGCCGUCCGGCUCAUAUCCAUACGCACUACCGCAUUAUAUUGUCGGCGACGCAUUCUCCCCACUGCCGGCUGUUAUCAACAUGGCAGCAACGCUGGCAGUCGGGUUCGGUCUCAGCCCACCCUACGUCCCGCUGCGCAAGAACGAACACAAUGGCCCACAUUUUCGAGUUUAUGGUGAACCAAUGUUCGUCUCCAUCAAAAGUUGCUUGAAGUUUCUUCUAUGGAUACCAUUGACGUCACUCUCUGCUCUAUGGAUACCACUGGCCUCACUCUCUGUCCUAUGGCUACCAUAGUUUGUUUCUAUGGUUACCAUCGGCGUUGCUUCAUCUUCUAUGGUUACCAUCAGUGUUGUUCUUUCCCUAUUAGAUACACGUCUAUUUUUAUGGUUACCAUUGGCGUUACUCUAUCUUCUAUGGGUACCAUUCGCGAGACUCUUUCUUCGUUAGAUACUCGUUUGUUUUUAUGGUUACCAUAGGUUCCCUAGUAAUGGUAUUCUGCUUAGCUAUGAAUUCUUCCUGCAUAACUUGACUUUCUUCUUGUCACUUUGAUUCCAGUUUGCUGUAUUUGCGGUAGUUCCUGUCCAGUCUCGUAGUACGCAACUCAGAGCCAUUGGGUCGUGCUCGAAUCAGUUGUCAAUUCAUCCGGCG